CACACCGGCUCCGCGAGCUGCGGGAGGGCACGGAGAAUGAGCUGAGCAGGCAGAAAUAUGCCGAGCAAGAACUGGAGCAGGUAAGGGCGGAUGGCGCGCAAGAACGCCGAGAAGGAGCUGGAGUCCCACUGCAGCUGGGCUGCGGCAGAGGCCCUGCAGAAGUGGCUCCAGCUGACCCACGAGGUGGAGGUCCAGUACUACAACAUCAAGAAACAGAAUGCGGAGAAGCAGCUGCUGGUGGCCAAGGAAGGGGCUGAAAAAAUUAAGAAGAAGCGAAACACCCUGUUUGGAACAUUUCACGUUGCUCACAGCUCGUCUCUAGACGACGUUGAUCAUAAAAUCUUAACUGCAAAGCAAGCGCUGAGCGAAGUGACGGCUGCGCUGCGGGAGCGCCUGCAUCGCUGGCAGCAGAUAGAGCUGCUCUGCGGCUUCCAGAUCGUCAACAACCCGGGCAUCCACACCCUGGCGUCAGCCCUGAACAUCGACCCCAGCUGGAUGGGCACCCCGCGGCCUAACCCCUCGCACUUCAUCAUGACAGACGACGUGGACGACUUGGACGAAGAGAUCGUGUCUCCCAUGUCCAUACAAUACGCAGCCUGGCUUUUCGGGCGCAGGUUCAGUGACCGCUCGUCUCUGUCCUCGGAGGACCAGUCCCUCUGGAAAUACCCUGCUCCUGCCUUGCCCAGCACAGUUCGCCAGCGCCUGGUGGACCCACAGCACGCCCACGGAUCUCAGAGAUGGACUCCAUCCCCGAUCUGCCCCCUCCUGAUGUCACCUCUGGAGUUCGCUGUCGCACUGAGAGCUUUGGGUAUAUCGCUGUUUCUUUUCUAGCUCCCCCCUGCCUGCUGUGUCUCGGAGCUGACGCUUGCUCGGGCGCUCCUCCUCCUCGAUUCCUCUGCCUUUGCCUUUUGGGCCUUUGUUUCAUUUUUUUAUCCACACGUUUGUUUCUUCAACCGCUCUCCCGUGCCAGCCAGCUCUGUGGGUGCCCAAACCAGGGAGGUGCUGCUGUCUACCUGGCACUAAGCACGUGAGAGCUCCGGGGCGCUGGGUUAUCGCUAAGUGAGUCGGGCUUUCCCUUGGGUGCCGCACCCGGGAGCACAAAGGUGACACGACGACUCAAACGCUGACCUUAUGCGAAGCCCUGGCUUACCUGGGGUCUUCCCGAGCGGCUCGCAAAGGCAGCGCGGUGGGCAGGUGCUGGGAGAGAGAGGAGGGUUUGACGUUUGCGCUGGUUUUAGGAGGUGGCAAAAAGGGGCGUUCAGGGAUUUUGUGACUCCCUACCCCUGUUCUGGUGGGGGAGGAGGCACGGCUGCGCUCUGGCUAAGGAACGUCUGAAUAACGAGGAGGGACUGGGGCUUCUUGCUGCUGGAUCGCUGGCUUUGCCUUGGUCCCUUUCAGAGGUAACGGCCGGCAAGCGGCGGCUCUGGGGAGACCUGCGUGCGAUAGGAUCCGGGGGGCUGGUUAUUGUCCACAUCCCUAAAUCCCUGACCUCUCCUCAUUCCCCACACUGGUGUUAGAGAGGCGAAGGACUGGGGGGGGAUAUGGAUGUGGGAAUCCUGCCCGGUCUACCUGGGGUGCUGCGCGGGGGCCUCCGGCAGGCGUCCCGAGCUCAGGAAUGUUCCGUACCCCGGGCAGAG